AUGACAACUAAUAAUGGAAAUAUAAUUAAAUCAAUUACUUCCAAACAACUUCCACAUCGUAUGUUAAUUUAUACCGGUCCACUGGCAAGAAAUAUGAUACAUUACAAAAGAUUAGCAUUAUUUUUUUGUUUUCUUGGAUUUUUAAUGGCACCAACAAUUGCUACAUAUGUUAGUAGAUUAUUUAUAAAUGUUCCAUCAGAAAUUUGGUAUAAUCCAAAGAUGAGAAAAACUUUUGAUCCCAAAAAAAUUGAUCCUAUAUCGGUCAAUCCUACUCUUUAUAUGGAAAUACAAAAUUGGUCAGGUCGUAUUAAAGGACAAACUGUUAAAUUGAAUGAAUUAAGAGAAUAUAAAGGAUUAAAUUCUUGGGUUACUUGGAUUAGAAUUUCCGAAAAUAAUAAUAAUAAUGGUGGUGGUCGAAAUACUAAAUUCUUUGUAGAGAAAAAGCAAUUAAGACAAGAUCCAUUUUCUAAAGGUUUAAUGGAAUUUAUUGAAAAGAGAAGUGUUGAUUAG